AGUGCGCCAUUUCAGCGAUUUUGUUUGUCACGACUCUGAAUAUGAAAUAACUAAUUAUCGGUGUUACUUGCAAUAACUCUGCAACAUGCCGGAAGCUAAUAAAAAUUGCGCAAAUGUAGUCGCUUCACUGUUGUUGAAAAGAGGUAAUACUACAAUGGCGAGGAAACGAAAGACGGAUGGAUUACCCAUAAACUCGUUGGUUCGCAUGAGUUGGUCCCAGAGAUUUCAUGAUGUUUAUAUGAUUUUAUGGAAGAUUAACGAUGACCUUAAUUUGGAUGAAGUGGAUAUCUUGCUUACAGAUUGCACUUGUUCUAUUAAGCUACCAAAUGGUGAAAGUCAUUUUUGGCAUUUCUUCCUUGAUGUAGAGUCUGCAAUGUCACAGCGUAUUCCAUCAUCUAAUGCCAUUAUCAUUGUGAUGCCUAAGAAAGACCAUACAGUGUUCUGGCCCACUUUUAAGAAAGUGGAAGGGUUAAGUGAUAUUGGAAAGUCAAACUUUCAAAAUGCCCCUCCCAAAAAAAUGUUUCUAGAGGAAUCGGAAAAAAAUACUAGUUUUCAGGAUGAGUUCACCACUUCAGGGGCACCCCCAUGUAACUUUCCGAUCAAAAUGGAGACUUCUCCAUCUGUUACCAUGGCAACAGGCAUUAAAGCCCCUCACGGCGUUCUGAUUGGUGGUAAUAGCCCACUUACCCACCAUACUGCUGGUUCGAGAACAGAAACAAAAUCUCUUGAUAAAAUUGAGGGACAAAGCUCGAAGUUAAAUCCUGAAAUAAAUAAAGAGUUGACAACUGAGUUAGAUGGUCUUGUCCAUCAUUGGCGCUCCAAGAGCAAAGGUUGCAUUGUGUUAGACCUCCAGUUAAAUAAAAGUGAUGUCUGUGACGUCAAAGUGGAGUUUUAUGAAAUGGCCGUCGUUGUCAAAUUCAGAAACUCGAGCUCUGACUUCUGCAGAAAACACAGUUUUUCCAUCAUUCCCGAUAAAUGCAGCUUCAGCAUAAUGGACACAUUUGUACAACUAACCAUGCAGAAGAAAACAACUGACCAUCUUGAAACACUUCUGCACGAAAGUGGUCACUUGGUCUCUCCAAAUACAGUGGGAGAUACAAAGAAAAUCUCACAGCCUGGUCUUGGAUAUACAGGUUUAAUAAACUUGGGAAACACCUGCUUUAUGAACAGUGUUAUUCAAGCUCUUGCAAAUACACCAGAACUGCGCAAUUAUUUUCUUGAUGAAAAAUUUCAUUGUCAUAUCAACACCAAAAAUCCACUCGGAGUUGGUGGUAAAAUGGCGAAAGCAUUUUACGUGGUUAUGCGCAAACUUUGGGGUUGUUCUAAUAAAGCCUUUUCUCCCCAUGAGUUCAGGGAUGUGGUUGGAUUAAAAGGAUCUCGUUUCACUGAUGGAAUGCAACAUGACGCACAUGAGUUUAUGGCUUUUUUGCUCGACAUGCUGCAUGAGGAUCUCAACACAGCAAGAAACUCAACCUCAAUCCAACCAACAAGUGAAGUGAAAGGAAUUUCAGAAGAAAUGAUGGCGUUUGAAGCGUGGAAGUCAUACAUAUCUCGCUCUGGUUCAUUUAUCAUAGAAAACUUCCAUGGUUUGCUGAAGUCUCAGCUCAAAUGUCUUGUUUGCAAAACAAAAUCUGUCAAGUUUGACCCGUUCUUGUUUCUCUCCGUUCCACUUCCUAAGAAAGUUCAGCCGUUUUCGGUUUUCUUUUUCCGAAAAGACGUCAGCGAGCCAAUAAAGAUUACUGUCUCUGUGCAUUCAGAUGGUGCAAAGAUGUCCGACGUUCUUUCCCAAGUUGGGAUUCACACUGGCACCAACAUUAACCAUCUGGUUUCAUAUGAAGUAAACAAUAAUGCAUUGUGUCGCUUUUUUGUUCCAACUUCACCACUGACGCGUACAUCCCACACCUCGACAGUGCACAUCCAAGAGAUGCUCUCACCGGAAAAAGAGGGCGAACCAGUGCUUCAGAUUAUUUGUACUCAGCGCAAAAUGGUUCCUGAUAUUAAUAAACAUUGUGCUUAUUGCAAGCGUGAACCUGACAACAGUUUCGAGCUCAAAAGAUGCAUGAACUGCUUGAAAGUUGCUUACUGUGACAGGGAUUGUCAAAAAGGUGGUUGGCUUAAACAUAAAAACGUAUGUCGACGUACACCUGAGUUGGUUGGUCAUCCAUUUGUGAUGUGUAUUGCAAAAUCUAAAGCAACUUACACCAAUGUGAAGUCACUGGCUGUGAAAUGGGCAAAGUUAAGCUCUGAUGUUGAGAUCCUUAGUUCUUCCAUGGAUGGUGAGAAUGCUAAUGGUGAACAUUCUGUUUCAGAAAUGCCUAUGGAAUUACGUUUCUCAUCUUGGAAGGAAAAUAAAAAUGAAGUUUACCCAGUUAUUGAGGACAAAGGUGAAGAACUAUUGGAUUUUAGUUCCAGAAAGUUUGUAUCAAUUUUGUGGCAGAAUGACAAAUCAAAGAAAAAUUAUGUCAAAGUUUCAGACAAAGCACAAGAUUUCAGUGCCCCGGGUAGGACAAUAGAUCUUGCUAAAAAAUCCUCACCAAAAUACGAUUUACUGGAAUGCCUUAGUUUGUUUACUGAGCCCGAGAUAUUAACCCAAGAUGAAGCUUGGUAUUGCCCACAAUGCAAAAAGCAUCGACAAGCAAUGAAGAAAAUGUCACUUUGGGAUUUGCCAGAUGUGCUAAUAAUUCAACUCAAGCGAUUUUCUUUCAAGAAUUAUCUCUGGAGAGACAAAAUCAACAUGUUUAUUGAUCUUCCUGUCAGCAACUUUGACAUGACAUCUUACUGCAACAACCCCAAAACCUCCAAGUCACUUUGUUAUGACUUGUUUGCGGUAAUUAACCACCAUGGAGGGAUACUAGGGGGCCAUUACACAACCAACGUGCGUCUUCCUGAUGUAAAUAACACCUCAGAGAGCGUAGUUGACUGGCGUUUAUGUGACGACAGACACGUCACAAAACUCAACAACAAGGUUGUUACUGAAGCUGCAUACGUCAUGUUCUACCACAGACGUUCUAGUAAAAACUCCAAUACUAUGUCGGAAUCAUUGAAUAUACCACAUGAACCACAAGCAGAUAAAGCACAGUGUGAUGAAGCCACAAAUGCAACUUCAGAGCAUCAACCUGUUAUCAACACAAAUGGAGAGAAAUCUGAAACAACCGAAACCUCUGUAAAGCAUACGACCAAUUCCAAUGAAAUAUCCCUUUCCUUAGAAGAAAACAAGCAGAAAAUAGUAAAUACCACAACUGUGAAUGAUUCCCCAUUAUCCCCAGUUGGCAGAUCAGCACAGAAGCUUUCUAAAAUGCAAAUUGAGAAGUCUGUGGACUCUAAACUCUCUAAAGAACACAAUAUUGAUCAAAUAACCACACAGAAUUCCAAUUCUCAACAGACAGCACAGCUUAGAAAUUGCAUAAAUUCAGGAGAUUCAGGAUUAAAACCUCAAGGAAAGGAAGUUCUUUCUUACACAGAUAUGGAUGCGAUCGACUGAAAACAACCAUCUUGCCAAAUUGUAUUAUAUAUACCUUGUGUAUAACUGCUGUGCCGCCUUAAAAAUACUUUUUACAAAAUACCUGUUUUUACAAAUUUUUCACAAAGCUUCUGCUGUGUUAGCUAUUGCACUGUGCAUUAUUAUAACGUACAUCGCUUCUGUUCUUUGGGUUAAUGAAAUUGCUUACAGAAACCCACGCGUAUACAAAAUUGCUUUAUUCACCCGACACUCGAUUAAAAUUUACUAAAAUACAAAUAAGUAAUUAA